AGCUUUCCCCACACGUAUGGUGAACAAAAUAAUGUAAAUAGAAAACAGCUGAUUUCUAUUCAAAUCAAAAUUCUAUUCGUUAAAAUGGACUGUUCUGCAACGUAAGUUUUCAAAUUUUAAUUAUUAAGAAAAUUUAUAAUUUAACUUUUAUUUGGUAGUAAACCCAAACACGAUAGAGCUACGCACGAGCAACUGGAGGCAUAUGUUUCGUUUUGCCAAGCACACCCAGAAAUGGGUACGGGGAAAAAUUGCCCAAAAACGCCUCAACAGAUGAAGGAGUUGUGGCAGCAGCUGGCAUAUGAGCUUAAUUCGUGCAGAGGACCAACACGAAGUGCUGCAAAAUGGAAAGAGACGUUAGGCGUUUGGAAAAGCCAACUGCGCACUCGUGCAAGGCGGUUGAAAAUGAACCAAAGGCUCACAGGUGGAGGUCCAAGUUCCAAACCGAUGACGAACUUUGAGGAAAUGGCUUUGUCUACAUUCGGUUCGGCUGCUGUAGAUGGGGUACAAAAUGUGCAAAGCCUAGGUUUAAAGCCAAUUGAGCAAAGUGAUGAAUGCGCAAUUUCUUCACCCAUGGGUAGUCCUCUACAGAUAUGCAGUCAGGUAGAUGCAACCCCAAAUCCCGAACACCAUCCAGCAAGUCCAUCGACACCACCUACGCAUCUUAGCUUGGAAAACCAGGAUGCAUCAACUUCGGUGCUAUCACGAAAGGCACGUAAUAAGCUUAUCAGCACUUUGAUAGCUGAUAUAUCAAAAAGGAAUGCUGCUGAGGAAGAGAGGCGACGGGAGCAUCGUGAAAUGAUGCAAGCCAUUCAAGGCCUAACUAGUUCUAUAACAGAACUAAUAAAAUCGAUUUCUAAUAAUGUAAAAUAAUAUAUAUAAUAAUAU